AUGAUCGUUCGCCUCAGGUCCAGGGACGGUCUGGAGCGCGUCGAGGUCCCCGACGACGCGAACGUCCGCCAGCUGCGCGAGCGCGUCGAGGCGCAGCUCGGCGUGCCGUACCACGAGCAGACCCUGAGCCUCAGCCGCGAGCUCCUGCGCACGGGGGAGUCGCCCGCGAAGUUCAAGGACCUGUCUGACGCCGCGCUGCGUCUGACCGAGGCGGGGGUGUCGAACGGCACCGUGGUCUACCUGCGGUACGACCUCGAGCGGCAGGUCGACGCGAGCGCCGUCCGCAAGGCCAACCCGCUCGAGGCCAGCAAAGCCUUCGGGCAAUCGAUGACCGUCAACGAUCUCGUCGCGCGGCAGGUGCGGGUGGAGCGCCAGGAGGCGCCCAAGUGCACGGGCGUCUCGUUCGACACGCAGGCCGCGAACGCGUUCCAGUCGUACGUCUCGUCGUACCUCGGCUUCUCCGUCAAGCGCGGCGGCGUGCUGUACGGGACGGUGGACGCCGAGACCGGCGCCGUGACGGUCGAGGCGAUUUACGAGCCGCCGCAGAAGGGCACGAAGACGACGCUCGAGCUGGAGCGCGGGACGCCGCAGGAGGCCGCUGCGGACGCGAUCGCGGCCGCGCUCGGGCUGCGCCGCGUCGGGUGGGUGUUUUCGCAGGCCACGGGCGUUGCGGACAAGGACCACGUGCUGUCCGCGGACGAGGUGGCGCAGAUGGGGGCGUGGCAGGCGGAGAUCGGGCCGGAGGCGGUCACGGCGGUGGUGUCGUCGUACUCGGACGAGGAGGGCGGCGCUCCGGAGGUGCACUUUGAGGCGUUUCAAGCGUCGGAGCAACUGGCCAAGCUGGUCGCCGACGGUUGGGUGACCAAGGCGCCGGACGACUCGAGCCUGAUGGAGCUCCGGAAUCCGCAGCACCCGGACGACGCGUCGCCGGUGAUCGUGGGCGGGAAGGACGUGGGGGAGGUGGAUGUUGAGUGGUUCUUGAUGCCAGUGCCGAUUACCAAUCACAGCGGGGCGCUGCACGGGUCGUUCCCCGUGGAGAACCGCAUCACGACGGCGCACGAGCAGGACCUGCGGAACGCGCUCGAGCGCAAGGGGCCCUUCCAGCAGCGGCUCAAGGACUUCCAUCUCCUCCUGUGGCUGUCGGACCUGGGGCACCUGGACAAGGAGACGGACCUCGCGUUGAUCCUCGAAGCGGUGCGGGACGACAAACCGAUCAUGGAAGGGUACCAGAUGAUGAUGAUGGGCAUGGCCGGGAUGUGA